CUGCUUAAAUUACUGCUCCCUCAGCCUCAGGUAUUUUUUGCUCAGAACGAGGCUAUUUCGAAAACAGUGAAAAUGGCGUUUAUGCACAGAUUUCUGUGCUGGAACUUACGAUCAGCGUCUAUUGUUUGUUUUAUAUUUGUUUCGAUUACAUCAUUUUUUGCACUUGUAAUGCGCCUAGUGGAUCUUCUUGCCAUAGGAACAGAUUUUGAGAUCAGUCAGGGUUUCCAUACAGCAUGGAGGUCACAUCAGUGGAGAGCAUUUCUGGCGAGUGACAUAGUUUUGACUUUUGACCAUAUUGUGAUAUGUUUCUUCAGUAUUUUCAUGCUGAUGCAAGUCACAUACCGGCAUUUUGUGAUGUACAUGUUCUGGUUGAAGUGGUUCAUCAUUCUUUUCAUCACCUACAUCUUCAUUGAGUUCUGCUUCUCCGUGUUUGAGUAUGCAUACUACGGCAUGAACACUUUCAGAUUGGCAUAUGUUGUUUGGACAUGGCUGUACUGGCUUGGCAGAACACUUUGCAAUAUAAUGUUCACAGUGAUCCUGUUUGCUAGAAAGCAGGAGAUUCUAGAGGAGACGGAUCGUGAGUUGCGAUUUGCAGGAGAGAAGAAGCGUCACGGGCUCGGAUACUACUAAACAGUUGAUCUGUACAAAUAUCCCGAUACAAAAUGACAUUUGAAAUGGUUGUGAUGUAUUUACUUUGUAUACAGUGUACUCUAGAUCUACUUGUACAUAAGCUAUUUGUUUUACUGGAAAAUAACAUUAUUAUAUGGUUCUUUCCUUAAAGUUUUCUAUUCAUUUUCAGCUAUUGUUUUGACAUUUCUCUCAGUUAAUAGAUUUUAAGUAUUGCAUAUUUAAGAUAGCUCUUCAAGUUUAAUUGAAUGAAGUGUUUAAUAAACUUAAAAUUAAUCAUAUUUCUUGCAACAAGCAGGACCUUUACUUAGUUAUCAAGUCUAUAGAUGUAUAUCAACCUUUUCUACAGUUCAAUAUUAUAUUUGAAUAUAAAACCUUUUUUUUUAUAAAACAUCACUCAUAUGUAUAUAUAAAUCAUUCUCAUUCCACUUAGAACUAUUCCGGUUCAUUUUAUAUAUAAGCUGUAUAUAUAUUUCAUAUCAAAGAUUUUAAAACAUUCCAUUUUUUCGUUUAUACAUGUAUUAAAAAAACUUGUUAAAGCUCGAGUAUAACUAUAUUCCUUAGCUGAGAGUAAAAUAUGACCGUCUUGCAAAAAAAACGUUUAUGUCUAUCAGUGGGAGUAAUAUAGUUUUAGAUAAAAAAUAAAUCCUCUGUUACGAAAAAGUGAUCCUAAAUUAUAGACACAUAUCUUUUAAAAUGUUUGUCUUUUUCCAUUUAUGAAAAUAGUUUAAAAAAUAAUAAAUAUCACUCAGAUGAUCAAACUUUGUAUUUGGAGGAGGAAUGUUUUUAGAAUGAAUAUCAAAAUAAAACUUUGUACAUAACCAUUUUUAUAUUAAAUAAACUUGAUAUAUCA